AUGACUUCCGUGCCUAGGCUGUCAACGCCUCCGUCCGGGCAAAUGCAUCCGGAUCAUCAACCAAGCCAACCAACAUCAACGUCACAGGCACCAGGGGCGUCGAAGAAAUCGUCCUGGGGAAAGGGAACUACAAACCCCCAACACAACAAGCGCCCCACGCACUUUGUCUGCUUCCCGCUGGUCAGCGACGAAUCAGUAUCACAGCUCUCCAAAUCCCUGACAUAUUUCCGAUCCAUCACCACGCCUUUGCCUGCUCCAGAUCGUGAAGUGACCCCCGAGAGAGGUGGUGGGCAUGGAAUCCAUCCGGACUCUACAGCACCUGAGCAAUCCGGCAGAGAAAUACGAGGUGAUCGAGAUGUGGAUCGAGCAUUGCGAAUCAUUCCGGAGCAGGCCCAUCGUCCGCCUGGGACGUUCCAUCUGACACUCGGGGUCAUGCACCUUCCCAACGCGGAAGACCUGGAAAAUGCGGCAGCGCUGCUGCAGAGGAUCGACUACCUGGAACUCCUUAGGCGAGCGGAGGCCGGUGAAGGGGACGAGGCGGAAGGGUCUGCGCGGAGAAGAAGGGAUAAGCAACGGCCGAGAGGCGGAACAGGAAAAGACGCCAACGAACUGACCCCGAAUACGGAAACGCAUUCUGGAGUGCAAGGGAAGACUGGAGAGGUCCAGCCGGCCUCAACAGGAGGGGCAGAUCGGAGCAAUGACGCUCAACACGAAAUCAGGAGUCAGCCACCCAUCAGCGAAGGCCAGGCUGAUCCGCAGGAGCUCCAGCAAACCAGAGAUCCACAACCAGUGACAAACACUUCGAACCAUGAACCAGAGGAAAAAGAAAAUCUGCACCAAGCAGCGAAACAAGCCGGUGUAAUCCCGUCUUCUCACGCACAAGCACUCACAUCCCUACGCCGAGAAAUCUCACCACCACCACGACGAGUCUCCGCACCUUCUUCGACCUUGGCCCAAGACAACUCUGAAGAACCAGACCCUCCACCACCUGUACCCAUAACCAUAUCGCUCUCGUCGCUGGGCACCUUCCCCUCCGCGCGCUCGGCGCGGGUCUUCUACGCAGAGCCCCACGACCCGACAUCGCGGCUGCAGCGGUUCGGCAACCUGGUGCGCGACGUGUUCCGGGAAGCGGGCCUGAUCACGGAGACGAGACCGCUGGUUCUGCACGCGACGGUGGCGAACCUGAUCUACGUCAAGAGUAGAGGGAAAGGCAGGGGGAAGUGGAAGGGAAAAGGAAAAGGUAGAGGUGGAGGUGCAGGAGACGACGGGAAUGUGGAUGCGAGGGAGAUUCUGAGGCUGUUUAACCACGACGGUGGGAAUCACACCGGGGCUGCAUCUUCUCCAUCACUACCACCACCACCAAGUCUCUGUUCCGCAGUUGACGAAUUGAACCGUACCACCGCGGACAACCCCUUCACAUGGGCCAAGGACAUCCCGAUCCGCAGCAUCCGCAUCUGCAAGAUGGGCGCCGAACCCUCCCCCCUCCCCGGCUGGGGGCUCGAGUACCCGCCCGUGGCGGAGAAGGUGUUUCUUCCUCCUGCCCCUGUAGGCACGAAUCUCACCUCUGGAUAA